AUGAAGAUGGUUUAAAAGUUAGGUUUUGGGGCAAAUGCAGUUGUUUUUUAAGUAGAGAGAUAUGAACAUGCAUAAUUCUCAGAGUUUAAAACUUAGAAGCAGUACUAUGCUCUUAAAGUAAUUUAGAAAAGUAAAAUUAAGUGCUGCAAGUAAUCAAUCGACUAAAUCAAAGAAGAAAUUAGGACUCAUCGUGCUCUAUCUCAAUGCGAAUCUGCUCUAAAACUUCACAAAGUCUAUGAGACUGCUAAUAAACUCUAUCUUCUGCUAGAUUAUUUAGAUGGAGGCAACCUUUCUACUUUCUUAAGAAAAAGAGACAAUAUUAAGGAAAGUAAUAUAAAAUCAAUCAUAGAAUAAUUAUUACUUGGUAUACACUUCAUGCACUAAUAAAAUAUCGUUCAUAGGGAUCUAAAGUUGGAUAAUAUUUUGCUUAAAUCAAAUAAAAAUGGUAAGUAUGAGAUAAGAAUAGCUGAUUUUGGAUUAGCUACCUAAUUGAAACAAGGGGAACAUAGAUAUGAUAAAUGUGGAACCCCUACAUAUAUAGCCCCAGAGAUUUUAAGAGAUGGUGAGUUGACCUUAAAGUCAGAUUUGUUUAGUUUAGGGUCAAUUAUGUUCAAUUUAUGCACUGGAUAAUAUUUAUUUGAUCUGGCCGAAUGUAAAAAACUUAUAAUCAUCAAUUAAAUUUGCGAUUUGAGCCAUAUUCCUGAAAAGAUUAAGCAUUUGUCAUAGAUGUGCUAGGAUUUAAUAUUUAAGUUAUUAAAUACGGAUCCUGAAUAGAGAAUAGAUUGCUAAUAAGCCUUGAAUCAUCAAUGGUUUUGA